AUGUGGUCAUCCAACUAUAGCAAAAGCCUGAAAAGACUCAACAAGAUAGCAGGCACAUCAUCACCAUCAUCAUCGUCUACAUCUUCUUCUUCACAAUCUUCAGCUGCAUCUCGUCAAAAUCCCAGAGGCAUCUACAAAACCAUGGAAGAAGUUUGGAAAGACAUAAAUCUUUCAUCCCUUCAAGACCAACCUUCUUCCAGAGAUGACCCUAGUUCCACUACCACUUUCCGUGGGAUGAUUUUUCAAGACUUUUUAGCUCGUCCCUUUGAUAAAGAUCCUCCAACCACCACACCCGCCACCGGUUACUGCUCUCCGCCGCCGCCGCCUCCUCCUCCUCCUCAGGCAACUAUGCUGACUCUCAAUUCUUCUGGCCCUGAUGAGUUUCACUUGUUUGGAAACUCAAACCCUCUUAGGCAAACCCCACUUUUGGGGCCUCAGCAGUCCAUUUCCCAUGCUUGCAGUAACCUUAGUAUGCAGUUUAAUGAUGCUUUGGGUUCUUGUGCUGCUGGGAUGCAUGCUCAUGGCAAUGGGAAGAAGAGGUGCCCGGAACCCCAAACCAACAGCAGUAGCUCUGGUGACCGACGCCAUAAGAGAAUGAUCAAGAACCGUGAGUCGGCUGCGCGGUCUAGAGCAAGAAAACAGGCAUACACGAAUGAGCUGGAGCUGGAAGUGAACAACUUGAUGGAAGAGAAUGCCAGACUCAGAGAACAACAAAGACAGUUAUGUCUAGCUGCAGUGAAUCAACAAGUUCCCAGAAAGCACGCCCUCUAUAGAACGUUAACGGCGCCAUUUUAAAGACAACUCGUCCCAGUCGUCUCUGCUGGUUUGGUAAAGUGGGAGGGGGAGAAAAGACACCUGUGGAAGUGUUUGUUGGUUUGGACAAAAGACUCUAUUUAUGGGGUUGUAAUCUUUUUGGCCAAUGAGCGUAUGAGUCAGUGUAGCCCACUGCUUCUAAAACAAAAAUGCAUCAGUAAUCAGUAAUAGAUGGGGCGAUUUAGGGAAAGAAUAGAAAGGUUGCAUGAAAAGGCAGUUUGUUUUCUCUGCGGUCCAAGAAGAAGCAGAGACUGCUCUAUUUUUUGUGAUGAUAUAGGUCG